AUGCAAGGCCUUAACCGUGUCAAGACAGUACUCGACAAGGGUCAGCUCGCUUUGGGCGUGUGGCAGCUAUUGCCCGGCAGCAACAUGUCGCGUACUCUCGCACGAGCUGGAUAUGACUGGGUUUUGGUGGACUGCGAGCACGGAAACAUCGACGAUGCUGCGAUGCAUGAAGCCGUGCCCGCCAUAACGUCAUAUGGAGUGAGCCCGAUCGUGCGGGUUCCGGACUUCCAGUCCUGGAUGAUCAAACGUGCCUUGGAUGCAGGUGCGCACGGCGUUCUAGCACCCCUUGUGCGGACAGUGGAAGACACCAAGGCGUUCGUUGAAGCCUGUCAAUUCCCUCCACAGGGCAAGCGAGGCUUUGGCUCGCCCUUCCCAAUGGAUCGGUUUGGUCGCAAUGUAUCAGCUGCGCAGUACCUCACUGAGGCCAACGCUAAUUUACUGCUCGCUGUUCAAAUCGAGACAAAGGAAGCAUUCGAUAAUGUGGACGCCAUUGCUGCCGUCGAUGGACUUGACGUAUUGUUCGUCGGACCGUUCGAUUUGGGCAAUGGAAUUGGCCAUCCCGUUCUAGGCGCGACAUUUGCACCCGAAUUGGAGCAGGCUAUUGAGACCAUCAUGAAGGCUGCGCAUAAUGCGGGUAAGAAGGCCGGAAUUUAUUGUGGAAACGGAAAGCAGGCGAAGCAGUACGCCGACUUGGGUUAUGAUUUAGUGAAUGUUGUGACAGAUGUUGGGGCUCUGACAAGCUCGCUGGCGAGUGAGAUGGAGAUUGUGACCCAGAAGGCAGGGAAGACAGCCUCUGGCCCAUAUGGUAGCUAA